AUGCAGCUACCCAACCUCAUCAGCGCGACUCUCAUCGCCCUCCUCUUCACCCCCACCUCCAUCCUCGCCGCAAAAGCCCCCAAAGACGCCAUCCUCCUCUCAAACGUCAAAUCCCUAACCUUGCGCGCGAACGCGAAAACCUCCCAUCGUCGAGUCGCAGCCGUUCCCCAACUCACCUGCAAAGGCCCAGGAUGUCGCCACUACAACGUCGACCUGAUACGAUGCACAAACCAAGGCUCGGGCUACAAAACCGAAGAUAUCGAAUGGUCCUGCCUCGCAAACCUACCCGACGAUUUCAAACUAGGCAGCACCGAUGUCCAAUGUGAAGGGUACGCACAUCGCGACGACGAAUACGUGUUGAAAGGCUCAUGCGCCCUGGAAUACAGAUUACUAUUAACCGAGAAGGGCGAAGAGAAAUACGGUUCUAGUUUCUGGGGAGGGAGCAAUAAACAUUCCAGCGGUGAAGAAAGUGGAACUUGGGCUUCUGUACUCUUCGUAUUUAUAUUCUUAGGGGUUGCUAUCUGGAUUCUAUAUUCCAUGUGGGUAGCAGCUGCUGGUCAACGCGUAGCAGGAGGAAGACGCCCUGGAGUUGGAGGCGGGUGGGGAGGCGGAUGGGGAGGAGGAGGUGGUGGUGGUGACAAUGGUUGGGAUCCGCCACCACCAUACCCAGGCAAACGAUAUAGCACGAGAGCCAACGAAGGCUGGCAGCCAGGAUUCUGGAGUGGUGCCUUGGGGGGCGCUGCAGCUGGAUAUAUGGCGGGUAAUAGAGGCCAAAGACAACAGGAAUCUACGUCCUCCUUCUUUGGAAAUGGGGGAAACCGUGCAUCAAGUUGGGGAGGUGGUUCAUCUAGAGCAAGUGGCUCUGGGUCAAGCUCGCGACAUGAAAGCACAGGUUUCGGAUCCACAUCUCGAAGAUAA